CUGAGUGGAGGAAUCACUAGUCUCCAGCACAACUAUCAAAACAGUGCUAGUUACAGCCGCUAACUUCAGCUGUCCGCUCCGAGGAUGAGACGUCGACACCGGCCACGUUUGUUCCCAUUCUGAAACGGAAGACGAGCAGGAGCGUUGUAGAAGCCAUGGAGUAAGACGCCGCUGGGAGUUGAAGGGGAGUAAGGGCCCUUUGUUUUGGUGCAGCAUGGACAGCUUCUUCAAGGCAGCUGUAUGCGAUCUAGACAAGCUGCUUGAUGACUUUGAGCUCGAUACUGAGGAACUUGAUUGCAAAUCCGUUUUCCUGAAGCCCUCUGCAUACCCCUUCUCCUCAUUGGGCUCUCAGUGUUUAUCCUUAGAGGCAUCCACUGUCUCACCAAGCCUCCCUGACCUUAACUCUCUUCAUUAUGGUUCUGCCACCAGCUGUCCUGACCGCCCCAGCAGUCACAACGGCAGCACAGAUGACAGAGAGGUCAAAGGUCAGCCUCUCACUGGAGUGGACCUUCUCUCCUCUGUGGAUCGUAGGCCAGCUAUAAGCUCUGCCCCUCCCUGCCCCGAUCGAGCUCUGAAGCCAGUGUGCGACCUUGUGAAUGACACAAGCUCGGCCAUACUGAUCAGGGCCAGCAGUCAUGAUGCUUUCAGUGAACUGGACUUGGUGGAGAAGCAGAUGGAAGAGGAGGAAACACUGCUUGUUGACUUUGACAGUCCUGUGGUUAUGGAUCAGCAGGAGGGGGGGUUAAGCCAGAGUGUAUGCUGUGGGGUCACCAUGGAAGAGCGAGCCUCUGCAGGUAAAGACGAACUGCUCAGUCUUGAUUUCCAUGAGCAGAGCGGUGCAUGCUCUGCCUCACUCAGUCUGCUGGACGUCAUUCUUCCUGCAGCAGUGGAGAGGUGCUGUGAGUCUACAGAUGAUUCACCAUCAUCAAGGACCAUUGAGUCAGCUGACAGGGAGGACAGUGACUGUGAGGAGGUGGCUUCUAUAAACCAAGUGGUGGAUAACUCUUCGGACCACUGUGAACCGGAGGACUCCCUGCCUGCUCUGAACCUUAAAGAAACAUCAGCAACAACCUUGGUGACUACAGAGGAGGAUUCACAAGAAGCUUCAGAUAAAGGUGAGGCAAGUCUAAAAUCUGGAGCAUCAGACAGUGAACCAGUAGGCUUAUCGUGCCUGCCCAUAGCUAUGUCCAUAUGUGGAGCUCUGGUGCAACCAAAGACCACAGAAGAGUCAGGACAAGCAACAGAGCAGUGUGACGAGGCAGAUGUGUGUGAGAGCACAGAGGCAGACUCCUUGUCAGCACUACAGGCGGAGGAGGAUAGGCCCUGCUCAAAGGAACCUGUUUAUGGGUCCCAGCUGAUCACAGAGGGCAGGCUGUCACCAGAGGGGCAGCAUGUCCCUCUUGAACCUGCUGCUGUUCCCCUUCAUGCAGACCAUACUAGCUCUGAUCGCUCAGAACCCAGUCCAGUGGAUCCUGCUGAGUUUGGCUUCGAGUAUCUGCCUGAGAGUGACCAGGCUGAGCUGUUGGUUACUGACGAAGAGUUGGAUGCAUUCCUGCAGGCACAUACGGAAGGAGAGCAGGCCCGAAGUGUCUCUUAUUGCAGCAGUUCUGGAGAUUGUAACCAACCUGAAAGUCUGUCGCAACCAAAUGGAGCUGUAGAGGGUAGGCUUCUCGAAGAGGAACUGAGAAGCUGUGGUCGAGCCCGACUGGACGAGCUAGAGGAUCUGGCUUCCCCAGAAAGUGACAGAAUAAUGUGUGUGUCUGUGGAGGGAAGUCUUAACCCUGGUGCUCCAUCACAAUCACAGGACUCUUGCAGACCUUGUCAAGAAGAGACAGAACUUUCCUCUGGUACGAGGAAUUCUUUGACCAGUAACUCUUUCCAGUCACAGCACAGUAGUAGCCCUGAACAGCAGUCCUCCUAUGGAGGUGCAAGACCUAAACAGCUACACUGUCAAACUGUAAGACCUCCACCAGCAGGGGAAGAAGAAGAAGAAGGGAAGCAGCCUUCAACAUUUUCAAAAUGGCCAAAUGCAGAUGAGGAUGAAGAGAGUUCACCCAUAAGCCCUAAUCCUACAGAAGAGCAUUCCAACAUUAGUGCUUUGAGUCCUAUAUAUGCAACUCAGGAGCAUCAGGAUUACAGUGUGGGGUAUGAUGAGCUGUCAGAGCCUCCACCUUACCCAGGGGAGCCACCCACAGAUGGUCCCAGGGCAGCGACCUGGAAGAGAGAGGACCUGGAGGAGCUGGGGUGCAGGCAGCCUCCUUGGGUGCCAGAUGCCGAAGCCCCCAACUGUAUGAACUGCUACCAGAGGUUCACGUUUACCAAGAGGAGACAUCACUGUCGAGCAUGUGGGAAGGUAUACUGUGCUGUGUGCUGCAACAGGAAGUGUAAGCUGAAGUACCUGGAGAAAGAGGCUCGUGUGUGCGUCAUCUGCUUUGAUAACAUACACAGAGCCCAGGCCCUGGAGCGGAUGAUGAGUCCUACAGCUCCCAGUCCAAACCCCAACGUCCCAUCUGAGUACUGCAGCACCAUCCCCCCUUUGCAGCAGGCUCGUGCUGCCGGCACUCUAAACUCACCUCCACCCACUGUCAUGGUGCCUGUGUCCGUUCUCAAACAACCCAACAACGACAGUUGUCCUCGUGAGCAGAAGCGUGUGUGGUUUGCUGAUGGUAUUUUACCCAACGGAGAGGUGGCGGACACAACCAAGCUGUCGGUGACGAGCCGCAGGUGCUCCCAGGAGUUUGCUGGAGUCACCCCUGACCAGACAGCACCUGGGCCUGCUGGGUCAGAGGUGGGAGUCAGUGGCUCCUCCUCCUCCUCCCCGGAAGCUUCUGGAGCUGUAGAGGUGGUUAGACCUCCGCUGUCAGGACCCUGGGAUUAUGCCCUGCUUUCUGCAAUCGGUUCCUCAGUUCAGAGAGUCCCCAGUUUGCUGCCAGACAAUGAGGAUGAGCUGCCUCCUCUGCUCUUCACCACCGGCGAGGAUGAUGGAGGAGAUGUUCUGGUUGAGGAAAAUCCCGCCCCGUGUCAGAUUCUGCACUUAUUGGAGGAAGGAGGACCCCGACCUCUGACAUUUGUCCUGAACGCCAACCUGCUGGUCAAUGUGAAACUGGUUACAUAUUCCAGUUGUCAGUGCUGGUGUUUUGGUUCUAAUGGGCUGCAGUCUUUGGGACAGAAAGAGUUGGUGUUUUUGCUGGAGUGUUUGCCAGAGGAAAAAACUCUUCCAAAGGACCUCUUCACACUCUAUCUCACUAUUUACCAAGAUGCCCAAAAAGGAAAGUUUUUGGAGGAGCUGGAUAAUGUGACAUUCACAAGCAGUUUCCUGGGCAGUAAAGACCACGCGGGGAUGCUCUUCUUCUCUCCCUCGUGUCAGCCUCUGGAUGGCCUCACUCUCCCCUCUCAGCCUUUUCUGUUUGGUCUGCUCAUCCAGAAAUUGGAGGUGCCCUGGGCCAAAGUCUUUCCACUGAGGCUUCUCCUGCGGCUUGGAGCUAAAUACAGCGUGUAUCCCACGACAUUGACUAGUGUUCGUUUUCGGGAAUCUUCGUAUCGAGAGACGGGACACACAAUUAUGAAUUUACUGGCUGACCUGCGAAACUACCAGUACAGUCUGUCAGUUGUGGAUGGCCUGAGGAUCCACAUGGAGAUGGGCCACAGUUACAUCAACAUUCCCAAAUGUAGCUUCAAUGAGAUGCAGAAGGUGGUAAAUGCGUCUAAUGAGCACGUCAUCAGCAUUGGAGCAAGUUUCAGCUCAGAGGCCGACUCUCACCUGGUGUGUAUCCAGAACGAGGAGGGGAACUAUCAGACCCAGGCUAACAGCAUGCCAGGGAAGACCCGCACAGUGACUGGCGCCAGCUUUGUGGUUUUCAAUGGAGCGCUGAAAGCCUCAUCAGGCUUCAUCGCAAAGUCCAGCAUUGUUGAAGAUGGGUUGAUGGUUCAAAUCCCUCCAGAGACAAUGGAGUCUCUGCGCUCUGCCCUGAGGGAGCAGACGGACUUUGAGAUACCCUGUGGCAGGAAUGACGGAGGGGAGGUCCGAGAGAAUGUCACAGUCCGCUGGGUUGACUGGAGUUCACCGGUCAACACAGGUAAAACUAGCGGUGUUGAUGAGAGACCUCUGGAUGGAGUCCGCAGUGUGAGGAUGCAGCAGGACACAGAGUUCGAGUCAGACGGUCGCACCAUCAGAUGCACUGAGGUGUUCUACCAGCUCAAGACUCCUGACUGCAGCCUUUCGUCGGUGCUGUCGUCCUGCAGCGUGUUUCAGAAGGAGAUGGCUUUGGCCGCCUGCAGCGCUCUGACUCCUCACCUUGCUGUUCUCACCUCCACUGGCAUCAACUCCAUCUCUCUCCGCAUCUCCACGCAGGCUGAUAUGGUGGAGUACCAGGCUGGCUCUGGAGGCAGGCUCCUCCCUCAGCGCUACAUGAACGAGCUGGACAGCGCUCUGAUCCCUGUCAUCCAUGGAGGUAGCGCUAGUGUGCCACAGACUGCCAUGGACAUGGAGUUCAUCUUCUACAUCACACACACAAUCUAAUGCACACAAUGACAGUGUCCCACACAAAGUAUCAAAUGAAUCCACUUAACAGAAGGUGGUUGAGUACAGAAAGAGAAGCUGCUGACUGUGGCACAACGUGCUAAUGCAACAGCUAACUGCGACUUGCAGCCAAUCACAGAGGACAUGAAGCCGCUGGCACAACAUUCCCGCUCUGAGGUUAGGCAUGUGUUUUGGAGGGAUGUAAACUGACAUGAUAUUGGUCCUCUGUUAUGAAAGUGGUGUAUGUUUGUGAAUGUCGUUCUCACCGAAGCUGCUUUAAUUCAAGAAGCCAAACACUAAACUAGAGAUGAGACAAAACGACCAAAUACAACCAAACUAUUCAAACCGCUUUCCUCGGAUCUGCCUUUCAGGCUCCACGCUGGCUUCCUUCAGCUCGGAGCACCUCAGUGAAUGUUUCCCACAGACACUCUUAUCGAAAUGUCUUUUAUUUUAUUUUAAUAUGGGCAUAUUGAAUGAAAUGGUGAUAUUAAAGUGAGGGAUAUUA